UUCUGAUGGUCCUUCUUGUUUCUGGUUCCGUGUCCAGUGAAGUCAAUAAAGUGGUGCUGAUGUUCCACCUUGUUGUGUCUGUUGUGUUGGAAAAGGUAGAAAUCUGCCGAGGAACCGGCAGUGAGCUCUCGCGCUGUACACCUUUAAUUUGAAAACCUUAAACUUUCAACAUCCGGUUCAACGUUUUUUCCCUGCUCCAACGUCACGUGUCCUGUUACCACAGCAACGGAGCAGCUCGACGCGGAGGGGAUACACAAACUCAGGUUUAGAGCAACGUGCCGUCCAACAUCCGGGAUCGCGUGAAUCCGGCUCAGCGAACCGUGUGUCGGUGUGAAUCGGCGAGACAUCCAGCCUUCAUCAUCCUCCGUCUGGAAACAUGUCAUCACCGAGGGUGGGCGUGGUCAGAGACUCCAUGCUGACCAAUCCGCUGCUGAUCAAGGCGUCUCUGGGUCAGACCAGGUCCAGAGGUCUGGCAGUCCCUGGUCCAGAUUUCACUUUUGGAACCGGCAGCUCGCUGAGAGACGGAGGCGUGGCUGAGGUUCUGUCCAGUUGGAGGGUCCAGUCCAGACGUGGAGACUCUGCUCCUCAUCCACCGGCCGUUCCGGACUUUGUCUCUCUGAACCGGGACGCGGUGAAGUCCGGUCUGGUGACGUCCAAAGAGCUGAGUCAGUACCGGGCCCGGGGGGGCGGGGCCAAGACAAAGCUCCCCUCCCCCAAGCGGCGGGAGGGCGGGGCUCCACGGCACCCGGCGGCGCCUGACGUCACUUUUGGAGUCACAACGAGGGCGGCGUCCCCUCUGUCAGACCUCCUCUCUCAUCAGUACGCCCGCCGCUGGUUGGACGAACAGCUGAGCAGGAAUCAAACCAGCGACCACAAACAGCUGCACAGGAUUAAACCAGGUUGUGUUCCAGACACCAGGACCAGCCUGCUGAGGAGAGGCAGAGCUCUGCCUGUCACACAAACACCAUUCAGACUGCCACACUUUGCACAGGUUCCUCCUGCUCUGGACACCUUCAGGGACCAGGAGGCUCGUCUCCGGGCGUUCAGGGCUCAUCAGUCAGACUCUGUGUCCAGGAGAGGGCAUCAGGGUCUGGGCACAUACAGUCUGGACUGACCUGAGAACCAAACAGACUGAAUCCGCCUCAGACCAUCUCAACAUUGAGGAAAAUAAA